AUGCGAGGGGAAUUCAAUGGUUUGAAAGCUUUGAUAUUACAAGAGAAUGACACGGCUUUUUAUGUACAUUGCUUUGCACACCAACUUCAAUUAGUAGUUGUGGCUGUAGCAAAUAAGCAUGAUGGUGUUAGUGACUUUUUUGAGCAAAUUUCGUUGGUGGUUAAUGUAGUUUGUGCAUCGUGUAAAAGAAAAGACUUACUACGAGAGCAAGCAAGAGAAAGGGUGCAAAAAGGCUUGUGUAGUGGUGAACUUGAAAUCGGAAUUGGGUUAAAUCAAGAGACUACACUUGUUCGAGCGGGAGAAACAAGAUGGGGUUCACAUUUCAACACACUCACAAGUUUGAUGAAGUUAUUUGCGGAUGUUCUUGUAGUUUUAGAUUUUGUGAAAGAGGAGGGAGGGUCAUUGGCAAACCGUCAACAAGCAUCUGGAAUCUUAGCAUAUUUUAAAUCAUAUGAGUUCGUGUUUUACUUACAUAUGAUGUAUGACAUUUUACACCUCACGGGUACAUUGUCAAAGCAACUUCAAAGAAAAGAUCUAGACAUUUUAGAAGCGACUUCGAUGGUUAGAGGGACAAUGGAGGCAUUGCAAUCUCUUAGAAACAUAGGGUUUGCUAGCAUUUUGCCAAAAGUAUCCUCUUUUUGUGAAACACACGAAAUUGAUACUUUGGAUAUGGAAGAGUUGUAUAUUGGUGCGAGAAACCGUAGGACUACAAAGACUAAUAAGUUUCAUUUUGAGGUUGAAAUCUUCAACACGGUGGUAGAUAUGCAACUUACAGAAUAUCGGGAUCGAUUUAGUGAAACAAGCACCCAAUUACUAGAAUACAUGGGUGCUUUGAGCCCUUGUGAUUCAUUUGCACAAUUUGACAAAUCAAAGUUAUUGAAGUUGGGUAAGUUAUACAAGUAUGACUUUGAUGAUUCAGAUAUGAUAGACCUUGAAGGACAACUUGAGAUAUUUUAUCACUCUUGCAUCAAAGAUGAGUGCUUCGCUAGUUUGAAAGGAAUUUCCAACCUUUCUCGUUUGACGGUUAAUACGGGGAAGCAUCGAUCUUAUCCUUUGGUUUAUAAGCUAUUGAAGUUGGCUUUGAUAUUACCUGUAGCGACCGCAAGUGUAGAAAGAUAUUUUUCAAAGAUGAAGCUCUUGAAGACCGACUUGCGUAACAAAAUUGGCGAUGAAUUUUUGAACGACGCAUUGUUGUGUAAUGUCGAGACCGAAGCACUUGCGAAAGUUGAGAAUGAAAAAGUAAUGGAGCGGUUUCAAAAGAUGUCUGCACGAAGAGGACAAAUUUAA